AUGGAUCAGCCAAAGCGAGUAAUUCUACGCCUGCAAGAAGCGGACCUCGACGAAGCAGAUCUCUACGAGCCCGUUCGACUGUACCUUGAAAAGAACGGUCGCUCAAUUGAGGAACUUGAUACCGGCCGUCAUUUCAUCCACAUUCAACCUCCUAACCCUGAUAUACCCCAAGUCGACCCAAAACUACAUGUUGUGAUUGAUCUCGAGGCAAGCAAAUAUUCUGGCAAGCUCGGUCCUGAUUUCCCCUGUGAGGUAUACCGUGUCCGCCGCGUUGAUGGCAUGUUAGUGAUGUUUGGCUUCAAGGAUGGAGCCUGGUACCGGAACUUUGUUGGUAAACUUCGGUCGAUUAUAGACGACGUGUAUCCAUGGGGGAAAACAAAACGCGAUCUCAGGCUCUCGGGUGGCACAAGUGCACAGGCCCUUGAGAGCUGA